AUGGACAACAAGGGCAAGUACAUCGAGGUUGGUCGCACUGACGGCAAAACUACUCAGAUGAAGGUGAAAGGUCUUCGAAAUAAGGGAAACUACAAAUUCCGGGUAAAAGCUGUGAAUAACGAGGGCGAAUCUGAACCCGUUGACGGCCGAUCAAUACACGUUGAUAAAGCAGAACCUGAAGACACAGUUCAGGAUCCAUGGGAUGAACCUGGAAAGCCUGGACGGCCAGAGGUCACCGAUUACGAUGCAGAUCGAAUUGACUUGGCUUGGACUCCUCCAACAAAAGAUGGCGGAGCACCUAUUGAGGGCUACGUUGUUGAAGUCCGCGAUCCCGACACGAAGGAGUGGAAAGAAAUCGCCAAAGUUCCAGACACAAAACGCUCAAUCAAAGGACUAAAAGAAGGCAAAGGAGUUAUCAGUCGAAAGUAA